CACACACCCAUGCGCGCGCGGAUGCGCAUGUGUGUUCUCUUUUAUAUUGAUAUGGAUGCAGAUAUAUUAAGAGCAAUAUUAAAAAGUUGGGAUUAUGCAGACAAUGUUCAAUCAGAGGAAUACAAGUAUGUGCCAAAGAAAACUUUGCUUUGCAUACAAUCUGAUACAGUAUUGAGUACUUUAUGUACAUCAUUGAGCAAUCUUUUGUGUUAUAAAAUAUCCAAGGAAGCUUAUCAACGUUAUUCAGUUCGAUUGUUGAUAAUCUGUGAUUAUGUUAUAGGAUGUUUUACGGAAUUGGUGCAGAACAACAAACAAUUUUAAACAUUUGAAGAUAUUUACGUGUAAAGGAAAUAACUUGAGAUUUACGAGUAUUCUUUUAGACAAAUAUCUCGCAGAUGACAUCUUGAAUGAACACUACACAGUGGACACUUUGAUGGGUUUAACUGUUUCUGUAAUGCACCUGUCGAUUAAAAAUACCAUUUUUUUACAAUAUGUCAAUCGAUUGCUUGUGACACUUUUACAACUGGAAGCAAAUGAUAAAGUUGAAAGACUAUUAAAUAAUGCUCUAUACUCAAAUUUGCAUCUUAAAUUAUCCACAAAGGAAAAAAUAUAUGCUUCACAGAAAUUUAAAUUAGUAGAAGAACCUUUGCUCAAUAGUUUUAUAUGCAUGUUUCCCGAUUUAAAGGAUAAUUGUGUAGAUGAAUUAAGUAACGAAGUAAUGCUAAACAAAUUAUUAGAACUUAGCGCUAAGUCUGCAUACAUUUUUCAAUUGAUGUUUAAUUUUUUAAAAGAACUAUUAGUUGAGCUGCAAUAUGCAUCUGCAGUCCUAAAUUUCAUAGAUUCAAUGAUAAAGCGAGUAUCUAUUUGUUGUGAAAAUCAAAAUAAAGAUAUAUUGGAUCUUUAUCCCAGGAAACUGCAUUUUUGUAUAAUUUUAUUAAAAAUAAAGCCGAAGUACCAUACGAUGCAGACACAAAAAUAUACUUUGCAGAUUAUGAAACAAAUUUAUGAUAAAAAUAAGAAUGUUUCAUUAAUUUUAAUGUCCCACUUUCUUGAGUGGUUAGAGUGUUUUACAUAUUAUAUUACUAAUAAUGUACAAAAUUAACUAGGAAAAAAUAAUAUAGUAAGUUAGUUAAUAAUAUAUAUAGUUAAUAAUAUAGUGUUUAUUAUUAUAAAUAAUUCUAUGUAAUGUUAAUAUAAUUAUUUUUUUAUUAAUUGUAAUAAUAUAUGUAAUACUUCAGUAACAAUAAGUCUUGUUUUUUAAAAAAUUACGGAAGUAUAUUUAAACGACAGAUCUUUAAUGUAAAAUAAAAUAAAAUAUUUUUGCUGAACUUUAUCAUACUUUUGAGAAAAUUAAGUGCUAAAUAUUGAUAUUUUGGUUGAUUUGUGAAAUUUAUAUUGAAAAUAAUUGUUUAUAUUUUUAAAAUAAAUAGGAGAGAGUGAGGUAAGUUGGACCUAUUUUUUGCUCUGUACAAGGCGCAAAUAAAGUGCGAUUGUAAAAACCGAAA